UAAUCGAAGCCCUUUCCAUGGUGGCUUUCACUCGACACAAACAGCUGCUCGCUCCGGCGGGCAUUUCGAUCCUCUGGCGGCGGCGAAGUCUUAACGAACCUCGCCGUGGAGUGGCUUUUUUCUCCCCUGGCUUUACCUUUCUCGUAAUCCUACCCACACGUUCUGGCAGAAAAAUAGAAAAGGACUCAUAGGAAUGCGACAUUGAUCGGGUUGGAUUGCGCUGUUAGAAACCUCAAUCGAAAACACGGCUAUUCGUUCUCUGCCUCUCUUCUUGUUAUUCUUCGUUUCGUACACUGCGGUAAAUUCAAAUUUUCUCUGUAAAUCGCCUUCUAUGGAUGCGUCACACGGAUUCGUAGACAAAAUUGUUGAUAAUCUGAUUUUUCACGAUCACUAGGUCUUCGGAAUAUUUGACUAAAUUUGCUCGAUGGAAGACCGGCAGGCACGCACAAUGGAAGCUCUAGAACGAAGGUUUGCGCAAGCGAAAGCCGAACUUGAAAUGCAGCAACAGAAGAGCAAGAAAGGUUCAACUGAAGAUAGAAAAAGAGCUCCUUCAAAUGUUACACCUUCGCCAACAUUUCCAAAAUUUAAAAAAAUUACAUCAGAUUUUUCAUCCAGGAAAGGCUUGGAUGUAGAGCUAAAUGAACCAGCAUACUUGAAGCUUUCUCACACCGUUGACGAAAAUUUGUUUAAGGCUGGAGUCGAGGUUUCAGACAGUAGAAGCAAAGUCAAUCAGGUAUUGCAUGAUCUUCUCCAACACGGUGAUUCAGCUCAAAAGUAUAUGCAGGGAUCGAAAAGCUUGAAAAUUGAGAACACAAUAUUACUUGAUUCUCAUGUGCAAAAAGGUGGUAUGAUUAGUGAUGGUCAUUCUCGGGCAUUGCAAAAAGGGUCAAAACGCUCUAAAAAACAUAUGUCCCUGAAACAGCACAAGAAAGUUGGAUUAUUUGAUUUGCCUACACAGUUCCAUAACUUUGAACUCUUCAAGCCAAUGCACGAAAUGUGGAAAUCCUACACAAGCCGACUUCUGAAAAAUGUUGGGAAAGAUCAGUUGGCUCAGUGUUUUCUCAAUGCUGACCUACACGGUGCAAUAAUUUUAGUUGUCCACUGUAAAAUAGUUUCUCACAUUGGCAUACAUGGGAUUGUCGUACGAGAAACCAAAGAAGCAUUUGGAAUCAUAUCCAAAGAUAAUAAGUUCCGAGUUGUGCCCAAAAAACCUUGUGUGUUUGUUCUUCAAGCUGAUUGUUGGAAGGUAACUCUACAUGGUGACAAAUUGACAUCCCGGAAAUUGGUCCCGUGAUUUUGAUGGAGGCAUUUAAAUUAAUUUCAAUCUAGUCUACCUAAUAUCGAGAUUUUUGCACAUUAUGCCCUCCAAUCUUUACUCAUUUGUCAAUGCUUGUGCUUUUCAUUUUCUUCGAUUUUUAGAAUCUUGCUGCAAAUCCCUCAAUAUCUGUACCUUGUACCAUGUUGAGGAUUCGAAGCUACCAUACAACCAACAGCAACAGCAAGAUCGCUUAGAUAGAAACUUUGGAAAAUUUUGAAAGUAAUAAGAAGUUAAUUACUCU